GAAAAAAUGGAAAUCAAGAACGAGUGUGACCACGAGAAAAUCCCCAGAGAGGAGAAGCCACGUAAACAUUUGGAGAGACCCUAUCAGUGUGUGAAAUGUGGAAAAAGCUUCAGUACGAGCUCCAAUCUCACUUCCCAUCAACUAAUUCAUACAGUGGAAAAACCCUAUCAGUGUGUGGAAUGUGGAAAGUGCUUUAAUCAGAGUGGCCAUCUCACUUCCCAUCAAAUAAUUCAUACAGGGGAGAAACCCUAUCAGUGUGUGGAAUGUGGGGAAAACUUCAGUACAAGCUCCCUUCUCACUUCCCAUCAAAUAAUUCAUACAGGGGAGAAACCCUAUCACUGCAUUGAAUGUGGAAAGAGCUUCAGUAGGAGUGCCAAUCUCACUUCCCAUCAAAGAAUUCAUACAGGGGAGAAACCCUAUCAGUGUGUGGAAUGUGGGGAAAACUUCAGUAGGAGCUCGGAUCUCACUUCUCAUCAAAGAAUUCAUACAGGGGAGAAACCCUAUCAGUGUGUGGAAUGUGGAAAGAGCUUCAGGAAGAAGGACAAGCUCACUUCCCAUCAAAGAAUUCAUACAGGGGAGAAACCCUAUCACUGCAUUGAAUGUGGAAAGAGCUUCAGUAGGAGCGCCAAUCUCACUUCCCAUCAAAGAAUUCAUACAGGGGAGAAACCCUAUCGGUGCCUGGAAUGUGGAAAGAACUUCCGUGACAAGAAGAUUCUCACUUCCCAUCAAAGAACACAUACAGGGGAGAAACCCUAUCAGUGUGUGGAAUGUGGAAAGAGCUUAAGGAACAGCUCCUCUCUCACUUCCCAUCAAAGAAUUCAUACAGGAGAGAAACCCUAUCAGUGCAAGGAAUGUGGAAAGAGCUUCACUAAUAACUCCGAUCUCACUUCCCAUCAAAGAAUUCAUACAGGGGAGAAACCCUAUCAGUGUGUGGAAUGUGGAAAGAGCUUCAGUCAUGGCUCAAAUCUCACUUCCCAUCAGAGAAUUCAUACAGGAGAGAAACCCUAUCAGUGUGUGGAAUGUGGAAAGAGAUUCCGUAAGAGUCACCAUCUCACUUACCAUCAAAGAAUUCAUACGGGAGAAAAACCCUAUCACUGCAUUGAAUGUGGAAAGAGCUUCAGUAGGAGCGCCAAUCUCACUUCCCAUCAAAGGAUUCAUACAGGGGAGAAACCCUAUCAAUGUGUGGAAUGUGCGGAAAACUUCAGUAGGAGCUCUGAUCUCACUUCUCAUCAAAGAAUUCAUACAGGGGAGAAACCCUAUCAGUGUGUGGAAUGUGGAAAGAGCUUCAGGAAGAAGGACAAGCUCAUUUCCCAUCAAAGAAUUCAUACAGGGGAGAAACCCUAUCACUGCAUUGAAUGUGGAAAGAGCUUCAGUAGGAGCGCCAAUCUCACUUCCCAUCAAAGAAUUCAUACAGGGGAGAAACCCUAUCAGUGCCUGGAAUGUGGAAAGAACUUCCGUGACAAGAAGAUUCUCUCUUCUCAUCAACUAAUUCAUACAGGGGAGAAACCCUAUCAGUGUGUGGAAUGUGGAAAGAGCUUCAGUCAGAGUGGCCAUCUCACUUCCCAUCAAAGAAUUCAUACAGGAGAGAAACCCUAUCAGUGCAAGGAAUGUGGAAAAAGCUUCAGUCAGAGUUCCGAUCUCACUUCCCAUCAAAGAAUUCAUACAGGGGAGAAACCCUAUCAGUGUGUGGAAUGUGGAAAGAGCUUCAGUCGUGGCUCAAAUCUCACUUCCCAUCAGAGAAUUCAUACAGGAGAGAAACCCUAUCAGUGUUGUGUGGAAUGUGGAAAGAGCUUCAGUCAAAAGGCCAAUCUCACUUCUCACCAAAGAAUUCAUACAGGGGAGAAGCCCUAUCAGUGCGUGGAAUGUGGAAAAAGCUUCAGUCGGAGCUCCCAUCUCAUUUCCCAUCAAAGAAUUCAUACAGGGGAGAAGCCCUAUCAGUGUGUGGAAUGUGGAAAGAGCUUCUUUGAUAGCUCCUCUCUCACUACCCAUCAAAAAAUUCAUACAGGGGAGAAACCCUAUCAGUGCAGGGAAUGUGGAAAGAGGUUCAUUCAAAACCACAGUCUCAUUUCCCAUCAAAGAAUUCAUACAGGGGAGAAACCCUAUCAGUGUGUAGAGUGUGGAAAGAGCUUCAGUCACCGCAACAAUCUCACUUCCCAUCAAAGAAUUCAUACAGGGGAGAAACCCUAUCAGUGCUUCGAAUGUGGAAAAAGCUUCAGUUACAGCAACAAUCUCACUUCCCAUCAAAGAAUUCAUACAGGGGAGAAACCCUAUCAGUGCUUCGAAUGUGGAAAAAGCUUCAGUCACAGCAACAAUCUCACUUCCCAUCAAAGAAUUCAUACUGGGGAGAAACCCUAUCAGUGUAUGGAAUGUGGAAAGAGCUUCAUUAACAGUACCCAUCUCAAUACCCAUCAAAGAAUUCAUGCAGAGGAGAAGCCCUAUCAGUGUGUGAAAUGUGGAAAGAGCUUUAGUCAAAGAACCAGUUUCAUUUCCCAUCAAAUAAUUCAUACAGGAGAGAUAUGCUAUCAGUGCGUGGAAUGUGGAAAGAGCUUCACUGAUAGCGCCUCUCUCACUUCCCAUCAAAGAAUUCAUACAGGGCUGAAACGCUAUCAGUGUGUGGACUGUGGAAAGAGCUUCACUGACAGUUCCAGUCUCAAUACCCAUCAAAGAAUUCAUACAGGGGAGAAACCCUAUCGGUGUGUAGAAUGUGGAAUGGGCUUCAGUCAGAGCUCCAAUCUCAAUACCCAUCAAAGAAUUCAUACAGGGGUGAAGCCCUAUCAGUGUGUGGAAUGUGGAAAGGGCUUCAGUCGGAGCACCCAUCUCACUAACCAUCAAAGAAUUCAUACAGGGGAGAAACCCUAUCAGUGUGUAGAAUGUGGAAGGAGCUUCAGUCACAGCUCCAGUCUCACUUCCCAUCAAAGAAUUCAUACAGGGGAGAAACCCUAUCAGUGUGUGGAAUGUGGAAGGAGCUUCAGUCACAGCUCCAGUCUCACUUCCCAUCAAAGAAUUCAUACAGGGGAGAAACCAUAUAAUUGUUUAGAAUGUGGAAAGAGCUUCAGUCUGAGCUCCUCUCUCAUUUCCCACCAAAGAAUUCAUACAGGGGAGAAACCCUAUCAGUGUGUGGAAUGUGGAAAGAGCUUCAGGAAGAGCUCUGACCUCACUUCCCAUCAGAGAAUUCAUACAGGGGAGAGACCCUAUCAGUGUGUGGAAUGUGGAAAGAGCUUCAGUAGGAGCUCCAAUCUCACUUCUCAUCAAAGAAUUCAUACAGGGGAGAAACCCUAUCAGUGCAUGGAAUGUGGAAAGAGCUUCAGUCAGAGCUCCUCUCUCACUUCCCAUCAGAGAAUUCAUACAGGGGAGAAACCCUAUCAGUGCUUGGAAUGUGGAAAGAACUUCCGUGACAAGAAGAAUCUCUCUUCUCAUCAACUAAUUCAUACAGGGGAGAAACUCUAUCAGUGCAUGGAAUGUGGAAAGAGCUUCAGGAACAGCUCCUCUCUCACUUCCCAUCAAAGAAUUCAUACAGGGGAGAAACCCUAUCAGUGCAUGGAAUGUGGAAAGAGCUUCAAUCAGAGCUCCUCUCUCACUUCCCAUCAGAGAAUUCAUACAGGGGAGAAACCCUAUCAGUGCUUGGAAUGUGGAAAGAACUUCCGUGACAAGAAGAUUCUCUCUUUUCAUCAACUAAUUCAUACAGGGGAGAAACCCCCUCAGUGUGUGGAAUGUGGAAAGAGCUUCAGUAGGAGCGACUCUCUCACUAAGCAUCAGAGAAUUCAUACAGGGGAGAAACCCUAUCAGUGUGUGGAAUGUGGAAAGAGCUUCAGUCAAAAGAUCUCUCUCACUUCCCAUCAAAGAAUUCAUACAGGGGAGAAACCCUUUCAGUGUGUGGAAUGUGGAAAGAGCUUCAGUCGUGGCUCAAAUCUCACUUCCCAUCAGAGAAUUCAUACAGGAGAGAAACCCUAUCAUUGUGUGGAAUGUGGAAAGAGUUUCCUUUGGAGCGACUCUCUAAAUUCCCAUCAAAGAAUUCAUACAGGGGAGAAACCAUAUCAGUGCAUGGAAUGUGGAAGGAGCUUCAGUACGAAGACCUCUCUCACUUCCCAUCGAAGAAUUCAUACAGGAGAGAAACCCUAUCAGUGUGUGGAAUGUGGAAAGAGCUUCAGUCAGAGCUCCACUCUCAAUUCCCAUCAAAGAAUUCAUACAGGGGAGAAACCAUACCAUUGCAUGGAAUGUGGAAAGAGCUUCAGUCAGGAGGCCAGUCUCACUUCCCAUCAAAGAAUUCACAAAGGAGAGAAACCCUAUCAGUGCGUGGAAUGUGGAAAGAGCUUCAGUCAGAGCUCCUCUCUUACUUCCCAUCGAAGAAUUCAUACAGGGGAGAAACCAUAUCAGUGCAUGGAAUGUGGAAAGAGCUUCAGUACGAAGACCUCUCUCACUUCCCAUCGAAGAAUUCAUACAGGAGAGAAACCCUAUCAGUGUGUAGAAUGUGGAAAAAGCUUCAGUAUGAGCUCCUCUCUCACUAAGCAUCAGAGAAUUCAUACAGGGGAGAAACCCUAUCAGUGUGUGGAAUGUGGAAAGAGCUUCAGUUGGAGCGCCUCUCUCACUAAGCAUCAGAGAAUUCAUACAGGGGAGAAACCCUAUCAGUGUGUGGAAUGUGGAAAGAGCUUCAUUCGGGAGGCCAAUCUCACUUCCCAUCAAAGAACUCACACAGGAGAGAAACCCUAUCAGUAUGAGGAAUGUGGAAAGAGCUUCAGUCAGAGCUCCCCUCUCACUUCCCAUCAAAGAAUUCAGACAUGAGAGAAACCCUAUUAGUGUGUGGAAUGUGGAAAGAGCUUCAAUCAGAGCUCCUCUCUUGCUUCCCAUUACAGAAUUCAUACAGGAGAGACACCCUAUCAGUGUGUGGAAUGUGGAAAAAGCUUCAGUAAGAGCUCCAAUCUCACUUCCCAUCACAGAAUUCAUACAGGGGCAAAACCCCAUCAGUGUGUGGAAUGUGGAAAGAGCUUCAGUAGGAGCUCCUCUCUCACUUCCCAUCAAAGAAUUCACACAGGAGAGAAACCCUAUCAGUGUGUGGAAUGUGGAAAGAGCUUCACUAAUAACUCCAAUCUCACUUCCCAUCAAAGAAUUCAUACAGGGGAGAAACCCUAUCAGUGUGUGGAAUGUGGAAAGAGCUUCAGAAAGAGCUCCUCUCUCAGUUCUCAUCAAAGAAUUCAUAUGGGGGAGAAACCCUAUCAGUGCAAAGAAUGUGGAAAGAGCUUCACUGAAAACUCCCAUCUUACUUCCCAUCGAAGAAUUCAUACAGGGGAGAAACCCUAUCAGUGUGUGGAAUGUGGAAAGAGAUUCAGUCACAGCCAUAGUCUCACUUCCCAUCAAAUAAUUCAUACAGGGGAGAAACCAUAUCAGUGUGUGGAAUGUGGAAAGAGCUUCAGUCAGAGUGCCAGUCUCACAUCCCAUCAAAGAAUUCAUACAGGUGAGAAACCCCAUCAGUGUGUGGAAUGUGGAAAGAGCUUCAGUAGGAGCUCCAAUCUCACUUCCCAUCAGAGAAUUCAUACAGGGGAGAAACCCUAUCAGUGUGUGGAAUGUGGAAAGAACUUCACGCAGAGCUCCUCUCUCACUUCCCAUCAGAGAAUUCAUACAGGGGAGAAACCUUAUCAGUGUGUGGAAUGUGGAAAGAGCUUCAGAACGAGGUCCCACCUCACUGACCAUCAAAGAAUCCAUACAAAGAAACUCUAUCAGUGCAUGGAAUGUGGAAAGAGCUUCAGUAAGAGCUCCUCUCUCACUUCUCAUCAGAGAAUUCAUACAGGGGAGAAACCUUAUCAGUGUGUGGAAUGUGGAAAGAGCUUCAGUCAGAACUCCUCUCUCACUAAGCAUCAGAGAAUUCAUACAGGGGAGAAACCAUAUCAAUGUGUGGAAUGUGGAAAGAGCUUCCGUUUCAGCACCGAGCUCACUUCACAUCAGAGAAUUCAUACAGGGGAGAAACCCUACCAGUGUUUGGAAUGUGGAAAGAGCUUCAGUCAGAGCUCCUCUCUCACUUCUCAUCAGAGAAUUCAUACAGGGGAAAAACCCUAUCACUGCUUUGAAUGUGGAAAGAGCUUCAGUCAGAGCUCCUCUCUCACUUCUCAUCAGAGAAUUCAUACAGGGGGAAAACCCUAUCAGUGUGUGGAAUGUGAAAAGAACUUCAGUACAAGCUCCCAUCUCACUAAGCAUCACAGAAUUCAUUCAGGGGAGAAACACUAUCAGUGCGUGGAAUGUGGAAAAGACUUCAGUAAGAGCUCCUCUCUCACUUCCCAUCAAAUGAUUCAUACAGGGGAGAAACCCUAUAAGUGUAUGGAAUGUGGAAAGAGCUUCAGGAAGAGCUCCGAUCUCAUUUCCCAUCAAAGAAUUCAUACAGGGGAGAAACCCUAUCAGUGUGUGGAAUGUGGAAAGAGCUUCCGUUACAAUAAAAGUCUCACUUCCCAUCAAAUGAUUCAUACAGGGGAGAAACCGUAUAAGUGUGUGGAAUGUGGAAAGGACUUCAGUCAGAGCUCCUCUCUCACUUCUCAUCAGAGAAUUCAUAGAGGAGAGAAACCCUAUCAGUGCGUGGAAUGUGGAAAGAGCUUCAGUACGAGCUCCAAUCUCACUAAUCAUCACAGAAUUCAUACAGGGGAGAAACCCUAUCAGUGUGUGGAAUGUGGAAAGAGCUUCCGUUACAAUAAAAGUCUCACUUCCCAUCAAAUGAUUCAUACAGGGGAGAAACCCUAUCAGUGUGUGGAAUGUGGAAAGGACUUCAGUAAGAGAUCCUCUCUCACUUCUCAUCAGAGAAUUCAUACAGGAGAGAAACCCUAUCAGUGCGUGGAAUGUGAAAAGAGCUUCAGUACGAGCUCCAAUCUCACUAAUCAUCACAGAAUUCAUACAGGGGAGAAACCCUAUAAGUGUGUGGAAUGUGGAAAGAGCUUCAGUCAGAGCUCGAAACUCACUUCCCAUAAAAGAAUUCAUACAGGGGAGAAACCCUAUCAGUGUGUGGAAUGUGGAAAGAACUUCAGUAAGAGCUCCUAUCUCACUUCCCAUCAAAUAAUUCAUACAGGAGAGAAACCCUAUCAAUGCGUGGAAUGUGGAAAGAGCUUCUGUUACAAUAAAAGUCUCACUUCCCAUCAAAUGAUUCAUACAGGGGAGAAACCCUAUCACUGCUUUGAAUGUGGACAGAGCUUCCGAUACAGAAAGAGUCUCACUUCUCAUCAAAAAUUUCAUACAGGGGAGAAACCCUAUCAGUGCGUGAAAUGUGGCAAACUCUUCACUGAGAGUUCCCAUCUCACCUUCCAUGAAAGAAUUCAUGUGGGGGAGAAACGCUAUCAGUGUGCAGAAUGUGGGAAGAGCUUUACUGUGAGAAGAGAUUUCCUAGUACAUCAGAGGAUUCACAGUGGAGAGAAACCAUUUCAGUGCCAAGAGUGUGGAAAGAGCUUCAGUCACAUCUCCUCUCUCACUUUCCAUCAAAGAACACAUACAGGGGAGAAACCCUAUCAGUGUGUGGAAUGUGGAAAGAGCUUCUAUCAGAGCCCCCAUCUCACUUCCCAUCAAAGAAUUCACACAGGGGAGAAACCAUAUCACUGCUUUGAAUGUGGAAAGAGCUUCAGAACAAGCUCCAGUCUCAAUUCCCAUCAAAUAAUUCACAGAGGGGAGAAACCCUAUCAUUGUUUGGAAUGUGAGAAGAGCUUCCGUCGCAGCUCCGAACUCACUUCCCAUCAAAGAAUUCAUACAGGGGAGAAACCCUAUCUGUGUGGAAUCUGCAUGGAAUGUGGAAAGAGCUUCAGUCAGAGCUCCUCUCUCACUUCUCAUCAGAGAAUUCAUACAGGGGAGAAACCUUAUCAGUGCGUGGAAUGUGGAAAGCACUUCAGUCAGAGCUCCUCUCUCACUAAGCAUCAGAGAAUUCAUACAGGGGAGAAACCCUAUCAGUGUGUGGAAUGUGGAAAGAGCUUCAGUACGAGCUCCCAUCUCACUAAGCAUCACAUAAUUCAUACAGGGGAGAAACCCUAUCAGUGUGUGGAAUGUGGAAAGAGCUUCCGUUACAAUAAAAGUCUCACUUCCCAUCAAAUGAUUCAUACAGGGGAGAAACCAUAUCACUGCUUUGAAUGGGAGAAACCCUAUCAGUGCGUGAAAUGUGGCAAACUCUUCACUGAGAGUUCCCAUCUCACCUUCCAUGAAAGAAUUCAUGUGGGGGAGAAACCCUAUCAGUGUGCAGAAUGUGGGAAGAGCUUUACUGAGAGAAGAAAUUUCCUAGUACAUCAGAGGAUUCACAGUGGAGAGAAACCAUUUCAGUGCCAAGAGUGUGGAAAGAGCUUCAGUCACAUCUCCACUCUCACUUUCCAUCAAAGAACACAUACAGGGGAGAAACCCUAUCAGUGUGUGGAAUGUGGAAAGAGCUUCAGGAACAGCUCCUCUCUCACUUCCCAUCAAAGAAUUCAUACAGGGGAGAAACCCUAUCAGUGUGUGGAAUGUGGAAAGAGCUUCAAUCAGAGCACCCAUCUCACUAGGCAUAAGAGAAUUCACACAGGGGAGAAACCCUAUCUGUGCUUGGAAUGUGGAAAGAGCUUCAGUCAAAGCGCCCAUCUCACUUCCCAUCAGAGAAUUCAUACAGGGGAGAAACCCUAUCAGUGCUUGGAAUGUGGAAAGAGCUUCCGGAAGAAGGACAAUCUCACUUCCCAUCAUAGAAUUCAUACAGGGGAGAAACCCUAUCAGUGUGUGGAAUGUGGAAAGAGCUUCAGGAAGAGCUCCAAUCUCACUUCCCAUCAGAGAAUUCAUACAGGGGAGAAACCCUAUCAGUGUGUGGAAUGUGGAAAGAGCUUCAGUCAGAGCUCCAAUCUCACUUCCCACCAAAUAAUUCAUACAGGGGAGAAACCCUAUCAGUGCUUCGACUGUGGAAAGAGCUUUAGUCGCAGCCAGAGUCUCACUUCCCAUCAGAGAAUUCAUACAGGGGAGAAACCCUAUCAGUAUGUGGAAUGUGGAAAGAGCUUCAGGAAGAGCUCCGAUCUCACUUCCCAUCAGAGAAUUCAUACAGGGGAGAAACCCUAUCAGUGUGUGGAAUGUGGAAAGAGCUUCAGUAGGAGCGACUCUCUCACUAAGCAUCAGAGAAUUCAUACAGGGGAGAAACCCUAUCAGUGUGUGGAAUGUGGAAAGAGCUUCAGUCAGAGCUCCGUUCUCAUUUCCCAUCUCAGAAUUCAUACAGGGGAGAAACCCUAUCGGUGUGUGGAAUGUGGAAGGAGCUUCAGGAAAAGCAGCGAUCUCACUUCCCAUCAAAGAAUUCAUACAGGGGAAAAACCCUAUCAGUGCGAGAAAUGUGGAAAGAGCUUCAGGUGGAGCAGUCACAAGAUCUCUCUCACUUCUCAUCAAAGAAUUCAUACAGGAGAGAAACCCUAUCAGUGCAUGGAAUGUGGAAAGAGCUUCAGUCAAAAGACCAAUCUCACUUCCCACCAAAUAAUUCAUACAGGGGAGAAACCCUAUCAGUGUGUGGAAUGUGGAAAAAGCUUCAAUAAGAGCUCCUCUCUCACUUCCCAUCAGAAAAUUCAUACAGGGGAGAAACCCUAUAAGUGCAUGGAAUGUGGGAAAAGAUUCAGGGAGAGCUCCCAUCUGACUUCCCAUCACAGAAUUCAUACGGGGGAGAAACCCUAUCAGUGCAUGGAAUGUGGAAAAAGCUUCAGUAAAAACUCCAUUCUAACUUCCCAUCAGAGAAUUCAUACAGGGGAGAAACCCUAUCAGUGUGUGGAAUGUGGAAAGAGCUUCAGGAAAAGCUCCAUUCUAACUUCCCAUCAGAGAAUUCAUACAGGGGAGAAACCCUAUCAGUGUGUGGAAUGUGGAAAGAGCUUCAUUAUGAGCUCCUCUCUCACUAAGCACCAGAGAAUUCAUACAGGGGAGAAACACUAUCAGUGUGUGGAAUGUGGAAAGAGCUUCAGCCAGAGCGGCAAUCUCACUAAGCACAAGAGAAUUCAUACAGGGGAGAAACCCUAUCAGUGUGUGGAAUGUGGAAAGAGCUUCAGCUGGAGCUCCUAUCUCACAUCCCAUCAGAGAAUUCAUACAGGGGAGAAACCCUAUCAGUGUGUGGAAUGUGGAAAGAGCUUCAUUCACAAGAUCUCUCUCACUUCCCAUCAAAGAAUUCAUACAGGGGAGAAACCCUAUCAGUGCUUGGAAUGUGGAAAGAGCUUCAGUUUGAGCUCCUCUCUCAAUUCCCAUCAAAGAAUUCACACAGGGGAGAAACCCUAUCAGUGCGUGGAAUGUGGAAGGAGCUUCACUCGGAGCUCCAAUCUCAGGUCCCAUCAAAGAAUUCAUAUGAAGGAGAAACCCUAUCAGUGCAUGGAAUGUGGAAAGAGCUUCAGUCAAAAGACCAAUCUCACUUCCCACCAAAUAAUUCAUACAGGGGAGAAACCCUAUCAGUGUGUGGAAUGUGGAAAAAGCUUCAAUAAGAGCUCCUCUCUCACUUCCCAUCAGAAAAUUCAUACAGGGGAGAAACCCUAUAAGUGCAUGGAAUGUGGGAAAAGAUUCAGGGAGAGCUCCCAUCUGACUUCCCAUCACAGAAUUCAUACGGGGGAGAAACCCUAUCAGUGCAUGGAAUGUGGAAAAAGCUUCAGUAAAAAGUCCAAUCUCACUUCCCAUCAAAGAAUUCAUUCACGUAAGAAACUCUAUCAGUGUGUGGAAUGUGGAAAGAGCUUCAGGAAGAGCUCCAUUCUGACUUCCCAUCAGAGAAUUCAUACGGGGGAGAAACCCUAUCAGUGUGUGGAAUGUGGAAAGAGCUUCAGGAAAAGCUCCAUUCUAACUUCCCAUCAGAGAAUUCAUACAGGGGAGAAACCCUAUCAGUGUGUGGAAUGUGGAAAGAGCUUCAGGAAAAGCUCCAUUCUAACUUCCCAUCAGAGAAUUCAUACAGGGGAGAAACCCUAUCAGUGUGUGGAAUGUGGAAAGAGCUUCAUUAUGAGCUCCUCUCUCACUAAGCACCAGAGAAUUCAUACAGGGGAGAAACACUAUCAGUGUGUGGAAUGUGGAAAGAGCUUCAGCCAGAGCGGCAAUCUCACUAAGCACAAGAGAAUUCAUACAGGGGAGAAACCCUAUCAGUGUGUGGAAUGUGGAAAGAGCUUCAGCUGGAGCUCCUAUCUCACAUCCCAUCAGAGAAUUCAUACAGGGGAGAAACCCUAUCAGUGUGUGGAAUGUGGAAAGAGCUUCAUUCACAAGAUCUCUCUCACUUCCCAUCAAAGAAUUCAUACAGGGGAGAAACCCUAUCAGUGCUUGGAAUGUGGAAAGAGCUUCAGUUUGAGCUCCUCUCUCAAUUCCCAUCAAAGAAUUCACACAGGGGAGAAACCCUAUCAGUGCGUGGAAUGUGGAAGGAGCUUCACUCGGAGCUCCAAUCUCAGGUCCCAUCAAAGAAUUCAUAUGAAGGGUGGAAAACGCUUCAGUAUACAGCUUUCAGCUCUGGGGAAAACGCACCACUUUAAAGAGGCCUUUGGCUGAUUGAUAUCUAUUGCUCUUUUAAAAUGUGGGGAGGUGGGGGUUACAGGUUUUGGC